GCGCCUUCUCACCCAAACCCUAGAAAUCCUCCCUCGGCGGCGCAGUGCCAGCGGAGUACCCAUUUUCCACCUCUCUGCGAGCUCCGGCCAGCACCGAGAAUGGCGGAUACUCUAGUCCUCAGGGGCACGUUGAAAGGUCAUUCUGACAUGGUGACGGCGAUCGCCACUCCGAUCGACAAUUCCGACAUGAUCGUCUCCUCCUCCCGCGACAAGUCCGUCCUUGUCUGGCACCUCACCAAAGAGACGGGCACCGGAGAUCCGGCGAACACUGUGUACGGCGUCCCUCGUCGUCGCCUCACUGGCCAUUCCCACUUCGUCCAGGACGUGGUCCUUUCAUCCGAUGGCCAGUUUGCUCUCUCCGGCUCCUGGGACGGUGAGCUCCGUCUCUGGGACCUUGCCACCGGGGUCACCACCCGCCGCUUCGUUGGCCAUGCCAAGGACGUCCUCUCGGUCGCAUUCUCCAUUGACAAUCGCCAGAUCGUCUCCGCCUCCCGUGACCGAACCAUCAAGCUUUGGAAUACCCUCGGCGAAUGCAAGUACACCAUCCAAGACGCCGACAGCCACACUGGGUGGGUUUCUUGCGUUCGCUUUAGCCCCAACGCUUACCAGCCUACAAUCGUCUCUGGAUCCUGGGAUCGGACGGUAAAGAUCUGGAACUUGACGAACUGUAAGCUCCGGUCCACCCUCACCGGCCAUGGAGGCUACGUGAAUGCCGUCGCUGUCAGCCCUGAUGGUUCUCUUUGUGCUAGUGGUGGUAAGGACGGGGUGACCCUGCUUUGGGACUUGGCCGAAGGGAAGAAGCUCUACUCGCUUGAGGCUGGAGCCAUCAUCCACUCCCUAUGUUUCAGCCCUAACAGGUACUGGCUUUGUGCUGCUACUGAGGUCAGUGUCAAGAUCUGGGACCUGGAGAGUAAGUCCAUUGUGCAGGAUCUCAAGCCCGAAGCAACCACUGGAAAGAAUCAGCUGCUGCACUGCACAAGUUUGAGCUGGAGCUCUGAUGGGAGCACUCUGUACACUGGUUACACUGAUGGUGUAAUUAGAGUUUGGGAAAUCACGAGAGGUUACUAGAACACGCCAGUAAGGCCUUCCAAGUUAGAAUCUUUUUGCCGUUUUGAGUUUGAGAGCGGUGUUUACUCUAUUGAACUAAUUGUAUUUCCUGUUUUCUUAGACCUGGAGCAGGUUAAUUAAUGACUUGUUUGUAAGAGUUUCGUUAUUAAUGUCUUGCAUUUAAGUUUAAAUCAGUCUUGAUACUUAAACCUGCACCUCAUUGAUGGUUUCCUCUUAAACUACUUGGAAUCAUGUUUGUAUGAUGGUUGAAAAA